CACCACGGUGGAUCCGAAGGAAAAGCUGGAAUUCCUGGGCGGCGCCUGCCGGGCUCUGGCGGCUCCGGGCUCGCGGCUCCCGAUGGACGAACUCCUGCCCCUGCUGCUCUUCGUGGUGGCCAGAGCCAGGAUCCAACACCUGGGAGCCGAAAUCCACCUGAUCCGGGAUUUCAUGGAUCCAUCCCAGCGGGGCGGAAUGUCGGAUUUCCUGCUCACGGCGCUCGAGGUCAGGGAAGUUUUUCCCGGAAUUCCUUGGGAAUUCCCGGGAUCCGCGGGGCUUUUCCGGCUGCAAAAGCUCGGAUUUAAUCCCGGAAUUCCCGAUUUUUUUUUUUUUUUCCCUGAUUUUUCCGCUCUUUUCCCUCCUCAGUCGUGCUACGAACACAUCCAAAGGAUCCGGAUUCAUCCCAAGGAAAAUUCCCACAGUUCCUGAUCCCUUGGGAAAAUCUUCUUCAUCCCGAAUUUUCCCGCUGGAAAAAUCGGGAAUUUCAUCCCUGGCUGCUUUUAAGGGAAGGAAUUCCUCCCCAGCUGAGGUUUUCCCAUCCCAAAAAUCACUGGAAAAGCUGGAAUUCCCACCUUGAUCCCAUUUUCCCGUCAAGAAUUCCCGGGAAAAAUUCCGGAAUUCCCACCUUGAUCCCAUUUUCCCGUCAAGAAUUCCCGGGAAAAAUUCCGGAAUUCCCACCUUGAUCCCAUUUUUCCCGUCAAGAAUUCCCGGGAAAAAUUCCGGAAUUCCCACCUUGAUCCCAUUUUCCCGUCAAGAAUUCCCGGGAAAAAUUCUGGAAUUCCCACCUUGAUCCCAUUUUCCCGUCAAGAAUUCCCGGGAAAAAUUCCGGAAUUCCCACCUUGAUCCCAUUUUCCCGUCAAGAAUUCCCGGGAAAAUUUUCCUUUUCCUGCUCUGGGAUUUUUAAUUUUUAAUUUACGCUGGAGAAUUCCCAGGAAAAAAAAAAAGACGGAAUUUUUUUAAUGGGAAUUUCCUGGGAUGGGAAAUGGAUCCCAAAGCUCUGAAAAAUUCCUGGAAUGAGGGAAAAAAAUGUGGAAAAUUUUUCUCUUUUCCCGAGUCAGGAUUUUUGGAAUUUUCCAUUCCCGAAUUUCC